CACCCAUGUCGCACUGUCAGUCGAUCAAGGUCGGUGCUUCCAGGCUCUGCUCGAAGCCCAAGCAGAGGACCGGCAGGUGAUUCGGAGCUGGAUCCAGUCAGCGGGUGCUUCAGCUGUCGUCCCUGUGGCCAGCAUGCCCAUCCAGCUGGUGAAAAUGGGGCCACAAGACGAUCCUGACGCCUUCCUCGAGCUGUUUCAACGUGUCGCAGAGGCGAGCUUAUGGUCAACCUCACAGUGGGUGGCUCACCUACUGCCGCUCCUGUCGGGGGAAGCCCAGCUCAUGGCUCGACAGCUCCCAGCCACCAACAUGCUGAGAUACCUCCACAUGAAGCAUGCCAUCCUACAGUGGGUUGGCUGUGGCCCAGAAGAGCAGCACCAGCACUUCUGCUCACUAGCAUACAGCAAAGUGGGCUGUCCGUUUGUGUUUGCACAACAGCUCCGGGACGUCUGACAACAGUGACUGCUGGCCGGCGAGUGCGAUGUCGAGUCCAUCAUCGAGUGAGUGACACUGGAGUAGUUCAUCACCCAGCUGCCAAGUGAGACAUCAGCAUGGAUCCGGUGUCACCGAACGUCACUGGAGGAGGUGGUCCGGCUGGCCAAGGACCAUCUGACAGCAUUUCCAGAAGCAGAUGAACUCAUCCAUGUUCACCAGAAUCGAGAGCGAGCCCGUGAAGAUUUGUUGGCAUGGAGGGAAGGUGGGGAAUCAGUGCUUCUGCAAGGAGGUUUUAGAUUCCAUCAGAAGUUCGAUGUUGCCCCUUAGAGUAACUGACUUCCUUUGGAGCCAUGAAGCUGGACACUGCAGUAAGACGUCCGGACUCUCAGGUUUGGGAAAGAAAUGUAUAGGUGAAAGGAUGGGCUUUAAUUGAUCACAGAACAGGUGCGUAAACAUUUUCCAACCUGCAGCAGGUGGCGCUCUAUGAUCUUGCAAUGUGUGUGUGUGUGUGUGUGUGUGAGAGAGAGAGAGCAGGCUUGGUUGGUUGGUUGGUUGGUGAUGUGUGUGCUGCGGGGUGGAAAGCCUCCGCCGCUCCGCUCCGUUGCGCUGAUCCACGCUGCGCUCUCGCCCUUCCCACCGUGGACAUCCGGCCAACUGAUCCGUCUCCCUCCCUCCCCAAUGAGAGCAGCAUCCUUCCUCUGGUGAAUUCAGGACAUCACACGGAGGAGGACAGGAACGAGGGAGAAAGCAGACGAGAGGAGAGGAAAGGAGGAGAGGAGUGCGGCGUUUCCUUUGCUCUUCGUCUGGUUGAGACAUGCCAGUUCCCGAUCAGCCUGCUGAAUCUGAGAACGCCUCCACUGGGGACAGAAGCGAAUCCGAGGCUGCUUCAGCCAUCCUGGCAUCAGUGAAAGAGCAGGAGCUGCAGUUUGAGAGACUGACUCGAGAGCUGGAGGCUGAGCGCCAAAUUGUCGCCACCCAACUGGAGCGAUGCAAACGAGGCUCUGAGACCGGCAGCACCAUGAGCAACAUAAGUUCAACAGAUGAACAUCUUCGCUGGGAUACUGAAGAUGGACAGAAAGACAUUGAGGAUGAGCUGAACACCGGACUGGAGCUCGUGGACUCGUGCAUCAGAUCCCUGCAGGAGUCUGGAAUUCUCGACCAUCAGGAAUACAGCACGAGUGAACGACCGAGCCUGCUCUCUCAGAGCUCGCUGCAGCUCGGCUCAAACUCCUCUGGAUAUCACAGCAGCCAGACUCCGGCUCCGAACGACGCCCAGGCUUCGGCAUCUCCUCAGCUGCAGCAGCCGGGAGGAGCCGUGCACAACUACAACCAGGUGACACCCAGCCGUGCGGCUCAACCCCAGAGUCAUGGCCCUGAACCCCAGCAGCCGUGUCCAGCCUCGGGAAUCUACUACUCCAGCUCCACGUUGCCUGCUCCUCGUCUCAGCUCUCCCCUGAGCUCCAUGCAGCCCUCUGGCACGGUCACCGGCUCGGCCACCAAGCUCCAGCGUCUGGGCUCGGCCUCGGACGCUUCCACCUAUGCCACCACCCAGCGCCUGCAUUCCUCCUCGUCCUCCUCCUCACCCAAGCCCUCUCCAGCAAGGCUUGCUAAGUCCUACAGCAGCAGCUCCCCUAUUAACGCAGUGGGAGCUGGCGGCACGGCCUCGAGUUCACCCAUCCGCCUGGCAUCGCCAUCCAACAACGCCUCGCCGCUGCACCAGCAGCUCAGUGUGGGCAGCUACGCCACGCUCUCACCCACCAAGAGGCUGGUUCACUCUUCAGAGCAGUACAAGAUUUCGCACGAGCUGUACGCCACCGCGACGCUGCAGAGGCCUGGCAGUCUCGCCGGAUCUCGGAGCUCAUACAGCAGUCAGCACAGCCACACAGGUUCUGAUCUGAGACCUCUGCAGUCUCCAGAGCACCACAUUGAGCCCAUCUAUGAGGACCGGGUUUACCAGAAAGGCCCAAUGAGGAGCCUGAGUCAAAGUCAAGCAGAACCCCCUGCUCCAGGACAUACUGGGACCUACCGGACCAACACUGCCCCAUCCUCUCCCGGUGUCGACUCCGUCCCCCUGCAGAGAACAGCGAGCCAGAAUGCCACCGGAACGUUCCCGCGUGGAGGCUACGCCAGCUACGUGGAGCCGUACCGCACGCUGCAGUACUGCUCAUCUGUGGAGUCUCCCUACAGCAAAUCAGGCCCCACCCUCCCUCCUGAGGGGACCCUGGCCCGCUCGCCCUCCAUCGACAGCAUCCAGAAGGACCCAAGGGAAUUUGGUUGGCGAGACCCUGAGCUGCCUGAAGUCAUCCAGAUGUUGCAACAUCAGUUCCCCUCGGUUCAGUCCAAUGCUGCUGCGUACCUGCAGCACCUGUGCUUCGGGGACAACAAGAUUAAAGCGGAGAUCCGGAGGCAGGGUGGAAUCCCGUUGCUGGUGGACCUGCUGGAUCAUCGGAUGGCAGAGGUUCACCGGAGCGCCUGCGGAGCUUUGAGGAACCUUGUCUAUGGGAAAGCUAACGAUGACAACAAGAUUGCCCUGAAGAACUGCGGAGGAAUCCCAGCGCUGGUUCGUCUUCUGAGGAAAACCUCGGACGUAGACAUCCGGGAGCUGGUUACAGGUGUGUUAUGGAACCUCUCGUCAUGUGAUGCCCUGAAGAUGCCCAUCAUCCAGGACGCUCUAGCUGUCCUGACCAACACCGUGAUCAUCCCUCUGUCCGCCUGGGACGUCUCGCCGCAUCAGGAGGACCGCAAGCUGCAGAUGCACACGUCACUCGUCCUGCGCAACGCCACCGGGUGCCUGAGGAACGUGAGCUCGGCCGGGGAGGAGGCGAGGAGGAGGAUGAGGGAGUGUGAAGGUCUGACAGACGCUCUGCUUUUUGUCAUCCAGACUGCAUUGGGGAGCAGCGAGAUUGAUAGCAAGACCAUAGAAAACUGUGUGUGCAUCUUGAGGAACCUCUCGUACCGACUGGCAGCAGAAACUUCUCAGGGACAGCAGAUGGGCACCGAAGAGCUGGACGGCCUUCUGUGCAGCGACUCGAACGGGAAGGACGGAGAGAGUUCAGGCUGCUGGGGGAAGAAAAAGAAGAAAAAGAAGGCGCUGGAUCAGUGGGAUGGUGUAGGUCCUCUCUCCGACACGGCCGACCCUCCCAAAGGUAUCCAGAUGUUGUGGCAUCCCUCCAUCGUGAAGCCAUACCUCUUGCUGCUCUCAGAGUGCUCAAACCCAGACACGCUAGAGGGAGCCGCCGGUGCGCUGCAGAACCUGGCUGCCGGGAGCUGGAAGUGGUCAGUCUACAUUCGUGCAGCGGUAAGAAAAGAGAAAGGCCUGCCAAUCCUCGUGGAGCUCUUGAGGAUAGAUAACGAUCGUGUGGUGUGUGCGGUGGCUACUGCAUUACGAAACAUGGCCUUAGACGUCAGGAAUAAAGAAUUAAUUGGGAAGUACGCAAUGAGGGAUCUGGUCCACCGCCUUCCUGGGAGCAGUAACACCAGCGGCAGCAGCGGCAGCAGCACCACCAACAGUGCAACAAGCAAAACUAUGUCAGAUGAUACGGUGACAGCGAUCUGCUGCGCCCUGCACGAGGUCAUCACCAAGAACAUGGAGAACGCCAAGGCACUGCGAGACGCCGGUGGCAUCGAGAAGCUCAUCGGCAUCGCCAGAAGCAAAGGAGACAAACAUUCCCCCAAAGUGGUGAAAGCGGCAUCUCAGGUCCUGAGCAGCAUGUGGCAGUACAGAGAUCUGCGCAGCCUUUACAAGAAGGAUGGUUACUCACAGUAUCACUUUAUUGGCUCUGCUUCAACGAUAGAAAGAGACAGACAGCGACCAUACUCUUCCUCACGCACACCUUCCAUCUCUCCGGUCCGGACCUCGCCCAACAAUCGUUCAGCAAGCGCCCCCGCCUCACCCAGAGAGAUGAUCAGCCUCAAGGAAAGGAAGACAGACUAUGAGUCCACUGGAACCAAUGCUAGUUUCCAUGGAAACAAAGGAGAGCAUGCAUCCAGGAAAGACGCCACAGCAGUUCAAGUCUCGUGUGGAACCUCGACGCUGUUCCGCAACUCAUACGCGACUCCGAAUGAGGAGCUCAAGAACAACCAGAUCCCGACCCAUCCAGCUCCACAAGAGAGCGUCCGAAAGGACUACGAGGUGCUUCCUCCAUUUCAGAACUCCACUAGAAACUUUGAAGAACCUUUUUUCGAAGAUCAGGUCCACCGGCCCGCUCCUGCCGCUGACCUCAGCAUGCACCUGGGACUCAAGUCCACCGGUAACUAUGUGGACUUCUACUCAGCCGCCCGCCCCUACAGCGAACUCAACUACGAGACGAGUCACUACCCCGCCUCACCCGACUCAUGGGUGUAGGACUCGAUAAAUAUAAAUGAUGACCCCAUGGAUGAAACAACCCCCUCCCCAUUCCCAGUGAUUACGACCCGAGGAAUUCCGGGUGCUUGCAAAGAGAGGCUGGAAAACUGUGCAUGUGCAUGCAUACCACAUUUUCGUCAGCGCAUUUCGUUCAUCAGAAGGCUCGUUCCAUUGAAGCAGGAAUACCAGGAUGGAAGCACAAAUAGAAAGGAUUUUUGAAAGAUGAGAAAGUUUUGACCUUGAAAAGACUUAAAGGGAUUUAUAAAGUAGGGAAAUUAAAUAGCCUGGAUGCAAGGAUACGUGGACAGAUGGGGAAAAAAAUGUUUACGUGGAAUUUUGGGAACAGCUUUUCACGUCUUUUUUUUUUUAAUCUGUAUUUUCACCACUUCAUUGUGAGUUAUGUUGUUUUGUUGAAUGUUUGAGAUCUGUUUGAGAUUUUUCCAGCCUUUUUAUCUAUUUCUGUUAUUCCUCUUGGUUUGAUUUGUACUUGAUUGGUGUACAUUACACUGCUGCCACUCGGAGGUGACUUUGGAUAUUCUUUUACAGCACAGACGAUAAAAAAAAAAACCUUGACCACUUUUAUUUUGGAGUAAUGUCUUAGCUAUUAUAUCAUUGUCUCAUUUUCAGAACAGGGUAUGUUUACAGAGGACGAGUAUUAUUCAUUUUGAGAACGUGUGUUUGUAUGUCUAGAGCAACAUUUUGAAUGCAGUUACGAGAACAUCAUUCCACUCACCGUACUGAUGAAGUGCUUUCUCACUGCCUAACAAAAGACGUGUACAGAUUUAAACAUUUUUAUUUUGGCUCUGUUUUUUAUCUUCACAUUUUUGUUUUGGGGCAAGAGUGUUAAAACAUAAAAAAAAAAGAUACUAAUGCAACUGUUUGUCAUCCAUACCUAACCUGACUGACGAGAUGACUGACAUUGUGCCAAACGUAAGUCACCACUGGAAAUGUUUUAACCCAAAUGUGAUAUCGCUAAUGAUUUACUUUCCACCAUUUUUUGGUUCAUGAAUGUGUUUUUUUUUUUUUUUUGCUGUUGUUUUUUUUUUCUGGAAUUAAGCUACUCAUCUAGGCAACACUGGAGUAACAAGCCAGAGAGCGAGAUCUCUACGAGCUUAAUUUCCUCCAAAGAUGUACAAAAUCUGUCUCUCUGUGUUAGCCGAGUGUGUGCUGUGUGUCGUCUAUGUUUGAGAUGAUGACAGGCGAGGUGGCUUCUACCGUCCGACGACUUCUACUGGCAAAGCACCGUGAAAAAAAAAAAAAUCUACUAGACUGAGAUGUUCAUAGAGAAUGAUGACGAUUAUAUAAAUAUACGUAUAAAUAUAAAUCUAUAUCAUUUUUAUGUGCAGAUAUUGGUGUCACGAAAAAGCAACAAAAUGGCAAGAAAAGACUUGUAUUAAAAAAUUCUGUUCACCUAAAUGUUCUAAUUCCAACAGAGAAAAAGAAAGGAGAAGAAAAAUAAUAAUAACAAUAAUGAUAAUGAUGAUAAUAAUAAUGAUAAUAAUGUUGAUCCCCAGUCUCAGUUGUUGUUGUUUCCGAGCUCCAUAGAUAAUCAGGCUGGAUUUUGAUGAUGUUCUGGUGCCAGGACAAUAAAAUUACUGUUUGCAA